AUGAAGUCCCAGUUGUUGUCUCUACUGCUGCUGUGUGUGCUGUGUGUAAGGGAGGUUCGAUUGGAGGACGCUGCGACUGUGAGAGCUGUGCGGCUCUGUGGACGGGAGUUCCUGAGGGCCGUGGUGUACACCUGUGGAGGGUCAAGGUGGAGAAGGCUUCCAGUAGAGGACAUAAAUGGAAUGGUGGACCAGAAUGGUCUGAAACCAUGGAGGGCUGAGCCUGUGAUGGACCAGAGACGACGAGACUUGAACGAAGCCCUGACCACCGUGUGCUGUCAACUGGGCUGUCGGAAGAGCGACCUUACAAUCAUGUGCUAG